UUACUGCGCAUAUCACGCAUUUGUGUCGAAUGUGAUCGAAUGAUUAAAAUUGAUGAUUUAUCUGAAAAAAAUUAUAUUUUAAAUCGCGUUUCAGUAUAAUCUAAAAUUCUGCAUUUUAAUUUUCGAUGAAUCUCAAUGCGAUGCUCGAAGUACGAAGAGUUAAACUUUAAGCAACUAAACGCAAGUUCAACUUCCUCCCCAGCUUUAGUUAUUUCACGUCAUGUGCGUGACUGAUAAAAAGAUAAAAAACAAAAAUUUGCAGCUUAUCAUCUCUUGUAUGAUUACACAAGUGCAUCUUGAUGCUCACUUUGUUGAAGAGAAUGACGCACAAUACAUUUCUGGGCCGUUCCGCCCAUAUUAAUGGAUCUUACGAGGAAGCCAUAAAAGCAUUAAGCCUUACUUUACAAAGCAACACUGCUUAUUUACAAUCUGUUAAGAAUGCAAAUAAUUCUACGAAAUUGAAGGAAGUAGAAAAAUAUUUACUCAGAUCUGGUAUUACUUUAGAGCAAUUGAAUAAUCUGUCUGUCAUCCAUGUGGCUGGUACCAAGGGUAAAGGUUCAACAUGUGCAUUUACGGAGGCGAUUCUGCGACAGCAUGGCUUUAGUACAGGCUUCUUCAGCUCGCCGCACUUGGUGUCCGUGCGGGAACGCAUUCGGUUAAAUGGAGAAUCUAUCAGUCAAGCACAUUUCACUCGUUUCUUUUGGAAUGUAUAUCAACGCCUAGAACAAAAACGGGAAUAUGAGUAUGACAUGCCAACGUACUUCAAGUUUCUAACGAUUCUCACAUUCCACGUGUUCCUGGAGGCAAAUGUUGACGUAGCGAUCAUUGAAGUUGGAAUCGGUGGCGAACUGGAUUGUACCAACAUCCUACAAAAUCCGGUUUGUGUGGGUAUAACGAGCCUUGGUUUAGAACAUACCUCACUGCUAGGCAAUACUCUGGAAGAGAUUGCUUAUCAGAAGUCUGGAAUCUUCAAACCACAUACGAUUGCUUUCACAGUGCCACAACCAGAUUCAGCGAUGCACGUUCUACAGAAACGAGCCGUAGAAAAAAAAUGUCGUGAUUUACGAAUAGUUUCUACGACUGAAGGUUGUAAGUGGAACGAUGUUUUCUCGUUGGCAGGCAUUGAUAUUAAAAGCGUGCAGCAACAGAAUGCUUUGUUGUCGAUCAGCAUAGCACACGAGUGGAUGAAAUCACGUUACGAUCAAUCUAUUAUAAACGAUAAAUACACUAAUGGUUUUUACAAUCUCCAAAGCGAAAAGAAUGAUUUAUCACCAAUUAUUUCUCCAAAUAAAGUUGCGACUGCAUUGAUGAACUGCAAAUGGCCAGCUCGCAUGCAGAUUCUAAGGACCAGUGUGGCAGAUUUUUUUCUGGAUGGUGCUCAUACGAUCGAGAGUAUCGUUAACUGUAUAUCAUGGUUCAAGAGAAUUAGUCGGGGAACCUCUAGUAAGUUCCUAAUAUUUAAUAUCAGCGGUGAUCGAAAUUCUCUGGAAUUAUUAAAACUGCUGAAACCUUUGAAUUUUGAUAGAGUUUAUUUUGCUCCAAAUUGCACUGGAAUGAUUAGCGUGGAGGAUUUAUCAAAUUAUAUGCUACUCGACGAGCAGAGAAAGAAAUGUAAAAAACACUGUGCGUUGUGGGGUGAUAACUCUGUGUCGAAGAAUACCGUUGUCGAAGUGCUCUAUGACAUUAAGAAAUAUGUGUCGUCACAGAUGGAUAGUAACGAUAAAAUAGAGGUACUUGUAACAGGAUCAUUACAUUUGAAUGGCGCGGUAUUAGCUAUUCUGGACCCUAAUUUGUCAAUGACUAGUGAUUUUUAAUAUAAUAUAAUGUAAAAUAUUGUAAUAUUGAAAUUUGAUCUGUUAAGAUGUUUACUAUGACGAAAUAAUUCUUGUGAGAAAUACAAGAUCUGACAUGAAAUAUCAAUAUACACACAACACACACACACACAGAGUCUUCAAAAAAUCUGGAAAUGCUAAAAUAUUUCGAAAACGAUCAACUCUAGCGAAAAAUAUAUAAAAGCAAAGUUGUAGGACUUAAAAAAUCUACCUAACUGAUGAUAAGAGGUUGACUUGAGUGGAAUCUGCAAAGUCAUAUGAAGAUCAAGUUGAAAUUUUUAAAUGGAAUCUCCUAUUUUUCAUUGCAUAUUCUUAUAACACACCUAGAGAGCUCUCUAAAACACUAUAAUAAAAUAAUUUUUCAUGAAGUACUUUUCGAGUUAUAAGGCUUGAAAGUUACAGUAACACUAACAUUAGCAUUAUGCAAGGUAUCCGACCGACGGUUAAAAACCUCUUGAAUGUCGUUCAGGAUCAUGUUCUGAAUAACAUUUGUCAAAAUCAAGGCUAAUGGAGGUUAUAU